AUGAGUAAAUUCAACUAUGUUUUCAAGCCAUUAUUUAUUGAUACCUUUGAAUAUAGUUACAUAGAUGGUAAGACUGAAAAAUCAUUUACAAUAAAAAGAAAAACAUCAGUAAGAGAAGGAAAAAGUAAAAUGUAAUAAAGUGAACCUCUUGCUUAAUUUAAUGUAAGUCAUUCUUUUAUAAAUUUAGAAUGUGACCAUUUAACAAAGUCAUAAAAGAGCUUAAACAAGUCGUAGAAUGAAAUAAUCUUCAUAACCAUAAAAUUAAUCAUUAAAUUCUAAUACUCCUAAAAUUGGAAUUCGUAAAAUUGAAAGUAGAAUGGAAGAUGAAUUUGAAAUUACAAAUAAAAGAAUCUCCAUUUAAAAGAGGCAUUCCAAUAUACCUACAAUUGAUUAUGUGAAUUUUAAUGUAUUCAUUAUUUAACAAAAUAGUUAAAUAGAUAGCAAUUAUGAAUGGACAAGCAAGUAAUUCAUUUUCAAAAGCAUUAGCAUUAAUAAAUAUGGAUAAUAAAAUUAUGAGAAGAAAAACUGUUGAAGACUCAAAAGCUACAUCUACUAUUGAAAAUGAAAUAUAAUAAUAUUAACGUUUAGAAACUUAGCAUCCUAAGGACAUCAAAGAAAAAAUUGGUAAAAUGCUUGCCAUUAAUGAUAAACGUAUUCCUAUAAGGAUUAAAAAUAAAGAAAGAGAAACAUUUACAAGAAAUUUAAAAUUUCUCGAAGAAUCAUUUUAACACCCAACUACUCCAGAAAAAAAAUUAUAAACUAUAAUUUAAUAAUAUUUUGAUAAGAAGAAAACUUUUUUAGAAGAAAAAGUAAAAUAAGAUGAAAUUUAAUUAAGAUAAUUAUCAGAAGAAACAUCUCGAGUCAAUUCAAUUAAAAAUAAAAUGAGAAUAUCAACAACCUUUUUAAAAAGAUUCAUACAUCAAGUUGAAAAAGAACAUUAAGAAAAGCCUAAAUAAUAAAUUUAAUCUUAAUAAAGUGUAAUAUAAUCAAUAAAAUCCUCCUAAAAAUAUAAAAAAAGGUCAAAUGAUAUUUAUAGUGAACAAGUUAAAUCAAUAUUCAAGAAAAUGUUUUAUUUAAUUGUAGAUUGCGUUAAGAAAAUGAAAUAAAUGAAACUUACUAUAAAAGAAUUAUUUUAACAUGGUGUUAUUUAAAAAAAACCAUAUGAAAGAGAAGGAUCUUUUUAAUUUUUUGAAGCAGUUGAAGAAAAUAAUUGUAUUCUAAUUAAUUUUAUGCUUUAAAAAUGUAGAUAUUAUGCUUUUGACAUUAAUGAAAAUGGUUAAACACCAUUACAUAUUAGUAUAAUUCAUUAGCAUUAUGAUAUGACUGAAAGAUUGUUAUAAAGUGGUGCCUAUCCUGAUAAUUAAGAUCUCAAAGGAUAUUCUCCAAUUUAUUAUGCUAUUCAAUCUCAAAAUAGCUCUAUAGUUUAAUUAUUAUUGUAUUAUAAAGCUAAUCCUUGGUCAAAUACUAAAUACAAAUUAAUAACUUCAAAUAGUUAAAUCACAAAAUUAUUGAAAUAAUCAAGAAAAGUAACAAUAAAUAUCAUUUUAGAUUCAUUUGUUGUUAUUAUUAACUAAACAUUCGGAUAGAGAUUAAAUCUGGAUUGAUUCAAGAGAAUCUUUGUUAUCUUGA